AUGUUACUGUUUACUUUAACCGGCAUUGCUUUGACAGCUGCUACGUUAGGAAUUGUUGUUCGAAGAUAUCCGAAAGAAAUCGAUCUAACGACCACAGCACCAGAAAUCCAUUCAACAGUUACACCGAAAACACUUGCUGAUGCAAUUACCAUCGAUCAAAUGUCAACACACUUAGAUCAAUUACAAAAAAUUGCUAAUUUAGGCGGAGGCACGCGAGCUAUUGGUACAGCGGGAUUCAAUAACACGUUGGAUUAUAUAACAACAUACUUAACUCAGAAUACCAAUUUACUAGUAAAAAGGCAAUAUUUUAAUGUCAGUACUAGUCGAUUAGCAAGUAAUCCUAUAUUAAUAUCCUAUUUGAAUAAUCAACAGAUCAAUUACACGUAUCAGACCAACUUUACACUAAUGACGAACUCUGGUUCAGCUAAUUUCGGAACAGGAGUUCGAGUAACAGUCAUUCCUGAUAUUGGUUGUGCCGAAGAUAAUUGGCUAGCAGCCAGUGGUACUGUAGCCCUUGUAAAACGCGGUUGUAAUUUCGUCGAUGUGGCCAACUUCGCAGCUAAAAGUGGCGUUGUUGGUUUAAUGAUUUAUAAUGAUGGUGCAGAUUGUGACCGUUAUGCAACGAUCACAGGUGCUAGUGUUCCAUCGAACACGACCUAUCCAGCUCUCUUUUUAUCUUAUCCGCUUGGUUUGGCUCCUGCAAAUGCUGCACAAAAUACAUCGAUAAAUACAAGUGUGGUUAUUAAUGUUGCUUAUAUUAGCGCAAGAUCGGUGGGCAAUAUAUGUGCGGAUACACUGUCAGGUGAUCCAACAAAAACAAUUGUCGUUGGCAGCCAUAGUGAUGGGGUGCUUGCUGGGAGUGGAAUCAAUGAUAAUGGUAGUGGUAGUGUCGCUAAUCUUGUAUUAGCCACUAAUUUAGCACGUCUGUUUCAAACUUCCACAUAUGAAACUUAUCCUUAUCGUGUUCGAUUUUGUUGGUGGGGUGCCGAAGAAGUGGGCCUCUUAGGUUCGUACUAUCAUGUUGAACAAGCAGGUUUAAGCUCAAUAGUUGGCGAACGACUCGAAGAUUAUUUAAUGUAUUUUAACUAUGAUAUGUUAGGCUCUCCUAAUUUUUUUUUUGGUAUUUAUGACGGUAACAGAACAAAUCCUUUGACAACAUUACCUCAAGCGAUAAACGGUAGUAUCAAAGUAUCUGAAUUAUUUCGUGACUGGUUCAUUAGUCAACGAUUGCCAUGGGAUUAUACGGCGUUUGGUGGUGGCAGCGAUUAUGUUCCAUUUUUGAGAGUUGGCAUUGUUUCGGGUGGAUUGUUCAGUGGCGCAGGUGGUCUAAAACCACAAGAGCAACGCGAUCGUUAUGAUCAAAUGCUGGGUCGAGGACAAGGAGGCGUUCCUGGUACACCCACUGAUCCAUGCUAUCACAGAGCUUGUGAUACUGUGGAGAAUAUAAAUCCAUUUGGCUAUUUAAAAAUGGUACAAGCAGCUGCUCAUGUUUUAGAAUUGAUUGCCAGACGAGACGAUUUAAAAACAUGGCUUUAUCCAUCGACAAGACAUUCCCAGUUGGAUAAAUCUUCACUUCAUAAACUACUAAAUAAAAACGAUAUAUUAAAAGAAUUUGAUAAGGAAACAGGCGUUCCAGUCGAACACUGGUUAAAAUAA